AUGCUUAGAGUCCUUUGCAGCUCCCUCCAAAAGAAAACCUUCUAGUGCCCGGCCCGCUACCGCCCGCUCGCCCGACCCCUCGGACCCAGCGCUCUGGCGCCAGAGCCCUAGGAGGGUCGAGGGUCGGCUUGGGCAGGAGGCUCGCGUCCCUUCGCUGCCCGGGCCCCCGGGGGCGUGGAUGGACCGGCUUCUGGGCCCGGCCCCCGACCCCCUGCCCGAGCCGCCCCGGACCAGAAGCCGCCCCGGGCGUCGGGCCUCUCGCCAAUGAGCCGCCCGGCCGAGCCCCUCCCCGAGCCGGCGGCCAACCAGGCGGCGCGGGAAGCCGGCAUGGCCCAGGAAGACAACCGCCGCGGACAGGGCCUCCCCUCCUUCUAUCAUGGCGCCCCCCAAGAACUGGACCUGUCCAACAAAGUGUACAAAAGAGAAUCGGGGGGCCCUUACUCCGUGCUGGUGGACUCCAAGCUGGGCAAGCCGCACCUCCACGAGAGCGAGGAGCAGCCGUAUUUCCGGGAGAGCAGGCCGGCGGCCGAGGCGAGGGCCGUGAAGGAAGACCGGGAGAACUCGGACGACCCGGAGGACGAGGAGGAGGAGGACGAGGAGGAGGACGAGGAGGAGGACGAGGAAGAGGAGGAGGACGAAGUGUCGUACAAAAGGGAGCAGAUCAUAGUGGAGGUAAACCUGAACAACCAGACGUUAAACGUGUCCAAAGGGGAGAAGGGGGUUUCGUCUCAGACCAAGGAGACGCCCGUCCUGAAGUCGAGCAGCGAGGAGGAGGAAGAGGAAGAGGCGGAGGAAGACAGCGGGGAGGAGGCGGCCACCGGCGACAGCCAGGACGACGAGGAGAACGGGAGGCAGAAGAAACAGGAGAAGAGAGGCGAGAAGGCGAGCGUGGCCCAGAGGCGGACCCGGAGAGCGGCGCCUGUCACCGCCCCCACCCCCGCCGCCCCCUCUUCGCCCCCCGGGCCCCGGGCCACGAGGGGCCGCCGCAAGAGCGCCGAGCCCCCCAAGCGCAAAAAGAGGGCGGCCAAGGAGCCCAAGGACCCCGUGCCGAAGGCCAAGUGCGAGGAGAAAGAGACUCUGACCUGCGAAAAGUGCCCCAGGGUGUUCAACACGCGCUGGUACCUGGAGAAGCACAUGAACGUCACUCACCGGCGCAUGCAGAUCUGCGACAAGUGCGGCAAGAAGUUCGUUCUGGAGAGCGAGCUGUCCCUCCACCAGCAAACAGACUGUGAAAAAAACAUCCAGUGCGUUUCCUGCAACAAGUCGUUCAAGAAGCUCUGGUCCCUGCACGAGCACAUCAAGAUCGUCCACGGUUACGCCGAGAAGAAGUUCUCCUGCGAGAUCUGCGAGAAGAAGUUCUACACCAUGGCUCACGUGCGGAAGCACAUGGUCGCACAUACGAAAGACAUGCCGUUUACGUGCGAAACCUGUGGAAAGUCGUUCAAGCGCAGCAUGUCGCUCAAGGUGCACUCCCUGCAACAUUCUGGAGAGAAGCCCUUCCGAUGCGAGAACUGCGACGAGCGGUUCCAGUACAAGUACCAGCUGCGUUCCCACAUGAGCAUCCACAUCGGCCACAAGCAGUUCAUGUGCCAGUGGUGCGGCAAGGACUUCAACAUGAAGCAGUACUUCGACGAGCACAUGAAAACCCACACUGGAGAGAAACCCUUCAUCUGUGAAAUCUGCGGCAAAAGCUUCACGAGCCGCCCCAACAUGAAGAGGCACCGGCGAACUCACACGGGCGAGAAGCCCUACCCGUGCGACGUCUGCGGCCAGCGCUUCCGCUUCUCCAACAUGCUCAAGGCGCACAAGGAGAAAUGCUUCCGGGUCACCAGCCCCGUGAACGUCCCCCCCGCCGUCCAGCUCCCCUUGACCCCGGCCCCCGCCGCCCCGCCCCCCCCGGUCCCCUCGGCCGCCAAUGCCCCGGCCCCGCCCGGCGGGCUGAACCCCGUGAGCGCGCUCCCCCCGCGCCCCAUCCCGCACCCGUUCUCCCACCUGCACAUCCACCCUCACCCCCACCACCCGCCGCACCACCUCCCCGUGCCCCCCGUCCCGCAUCUCCCCCCGCCUCCAGCGCUCUUCAAGAGCGAGCCUUUAAAUCACCGAGGCCAGAGCGAGGACCACUUUCUGCGACACUUGGCGGAGAAGAACAGCUCCGCCCCCCACCAUUAACGCCCGCCGAGGGGGAGCCGGCCGGACCCACCCCCCUCUUUCCACCGGCCCGCAGGGCGGAGGCCCCGGCAACCCCGGGCGGGAUGCGGGGGGAAGCCGCCGGCCCACCUCCACCCACCCCCCCGUGAUGGGGGGCGGUGGGGGGGGGUCCCGGCCCACUCGCCGCCGACUUUUGUAACUUUCAGAUACUUUGAGAGACUCGUGGAAUUUUCUAAUUUCAUAUCAGCUGAUGAGGUAUGCUUGCUUUUCUAUCCCAGACCGCUCCUCAGAGAGGAGGGGCUCGGCUCCUUUGUACUAAUCGGGAAGGCUGUGAGAUUAAUCCAUAGCAUUAAUUGUAUCACUGUGUAUCGUAACCGACCCUUCUCAGCUCCCGGCGCCAGCCCCCGGAGCCCGGCCUCAGCCACGUAUCACAGUAUAUCGAGCAUUAUAGAGAAAGACGAAGAAAACUUUCUUGUUUGUGUAGCUCUCCUAACGCACUCUUUAUUUUACUACAGAAAAUUAUUUUAGAGUUGUUUUUGUAUAGACCUCUUUAGUAGUCUGUUUCUAAAAUGAAAUGUAUUUCAAUAAGCGGUGUCAUUUUUCAGUGUAGCUGGGCCUAUGUUGUAAAAUAGAGACUUUUUUUUUUUUAAUAAUCAUCCAAAUGUGAUUCUUCAAAGAUGCAUCGGAAGCACCUCUAGCUCCCAAGCCAACCCCCGCAUCUCCACGGACGACAACGAGCUGCUUCGGAGACGAGACGGGCCGGGGUGGGCCGGAGGGGCCUCCGGGGCAGAGGGGAUUUUGGCUUUCACAACUUGGUGGAUGUGACACGGUCGUCUCCCGAGGUCGUCCUGUUUCUCUCCACCCCCUUUACACCCAAGUGUCUUUUUAGGCUCGGGGACCGAGGCAAGAUCCCCAGGCCCCCCGGCUGCCACCUUUCCCGUUAGUGCAGCGGAGGAGAAUCGGCGGGGGGAAAGCAAGGUCAGGUGAGCUAGGCCCCCUCGCUGGGGAAUUCCCAACGCUUUGCAAAACGUAAGUCCGUUCGCCACCUAGGACUGGGAUCUGGGGGGUUGUUCGGGGAAAGAGGUUGGGGGAGGCCCUCUCCUUGACGGUCUCGUCCGCUGCUUCCGUCUCUGGUUGGGGAGGUGGGCCCUGCGUCGGGGGAAUCUAUCGAGUCGCUCUCACGCCUCCCUUUUUGGGAGUUGUUCGGAAGAGGACAGUCUCGGAGUUAGGCCCAUUGUCCCGGCGGCAUUGGCGGGGGUGACGGUGAGAAGUUGGAAGGGGAUGGGGCGGAGAAGAUGGACGGAUCCCGAAGUCAGAAACACAGAACGGUUUGUUCUGACGGGUGGCUUUGGGUGGGGCCGAGCGGGACAGGGCAGUGAGGAUGCCUUCUGCGGUCUCUCGGGGUGGCCGGGCCGGGGCAUCUCCGGUUCCGGGGGUCUGGAAGGGCCCCGAACGAUCGGGGUGGCGGGUUGGAGCCAGCCGGGAUGGAGGGCCAGGCUGACCUGCGGCGGUUUUUGGCUGGCCUUGGCCCUGCUGAGUUGGACGGACGUUGCCCUGGCAGGGCACGCCCUCAGGGCCGGAGUAACCCCACCUCGGGCUGCUUCUUAUUGAUCUUCUCAAAUAGUCACUCUUCUUCCUCCAAGCUCCCACCCCCCUGCCCCGCGCCCCUACCUGCCUCCGCUCGUCCCAAACCCCCACGGUAACGGGUGGUGAUGUCACACGUCCGGGUGCGCUGCCCAGACAAGACGACCCGCUGUCCCUGUGGCGGGCAGGGCAAGGUCCUGUUGGAAAGUUGCAGAACUUCCUCCUUUCCUCAUGUCACCUUCUGAGGAGCUUAGGGCAUUGUUGAAUCCGGGGUAAAGGGUCUUCCCUUUGGAUGGAAAACUUGGAAAGCUAAGACCGAUUUAAACAGAUAUCUCGGUGUCUCUCUCUUCCUCGGUGUGUCUCUUCCUCGGUCUCUCGCUUCCUCAGCAUCUCUCUCUGCACCUCGGUGCCUCUCUCUCACCCUCUCUGCCUCUUCGUAUGCCCUCGGAGCUCCCAGGUGACCGAGCCAGAAAAAUCAAAAGUUUGCUCUCUUGUUCUUGACUGUUGUGUGCUCAGUGAGUGGCAGCUGCUUCUCCAGCUCCUUUGCAUUCCAAAUUGUAUGUGGACGAGCCCUCGUCUCGGGGCCCGGCUGGGGACCCUCUAGAGUCCUUUGAAAAAGGAUCAAACUACGGCUCGGCCAAAUCGCUUGCGUCGGAUUCUGUUGUCAGUAAAUCUUCCCCGGCUGUUCCGCGGAGCCGUAGACCGAGACCGUUUCCGCGUCCGUUUCAAGAGGACUUGGGUCCGAUGGAACCUGGGGUUUGGGGCCAACACAGAUGGAUCCGGGCCGUCAGGGAACCCUCAUCUGGGGCGAAAAAAAGGCUGGCAUAGAAAGGAGGCUAAAACAGUCCCACCGUAAUGAAAAUUCCUUGGUGGGGUGACCUCUUUGCGUUAGUGCUUCCUCGUUGUUUGGUUCAGUGGUCCUUUCUCGACCUCCCAGGGGGACUUUGCGUGAACCCCCUCUAAGGGGCUCGUUACGCACGAUCACCGUGAGCAUUCAGGGGUUCAGCCUUAAAUAGAGGUGUCAAGCGUUACACCCUCCAAACUCAGGCAGCUCGGAGGCGGGAGCGAUAACAGGCCGAAGCAAUACGACACCGGAUCGGAUCAGCCGGCCACCCUGUCUCUACAAAGUGGCUCGAUCAUCUGGUGGUCCCGUUGUCUUCUGGGAUCCCCGAAAGCCCAUCCUAUCCUGGAAAAUGAGUCCUUACUUAGGGACAGUUAACGUGGCUUUAUCUUCAUCAUCGUUUUCCCUAUAGAAGCCUCGUAGAGAGUCCCCUCCCCUCCCCUGGCCCCCACUCUGAUAGUAUCGUGAAGGGCAUCGGAAAUCCUCAUGUGAAACCCUUAUUGUCAAAUUGCUGCUUUACCCCGAAGUCAGAUGAGCUACUCAUUAAGGGAAGGACAUUUUAUUCGAACGGAGGAGCAAAGGAGCAAAAGUCCUCUAACCCUCAUCUAGAGGAUUGGGCUUUUCUAAAUUCCCUCUAAGCCCGUAACCCUUCCUCGUGAAGGUGGUUUGCCUUUCAAGCCGAUUUCAGAGAAAACAGUAGCACCUUCUGUGUCGCCUGCCAUUCGGCAUCAAGUCGCAGUUCUAAAUCCCAUCACUUCCUUAAAUAAGCUGAGAUGAUGGAAGGGAGAGAAAUUUUCUUUUAAGCGGCUGACCGACUCUCCACGGCCCCGGUGCAUCGGCAAGCGCAGCGUCACACCCUCUGUGGUGAUGCUUCGGUCGGCAGCGGACUGAUUAAUUCUCUGGCCUCGGGGUGUUUCUCCGUAGCCUGCCUCCACCUCCCGUCUCCCCCACUGCAAAGCAGGUUACCACGGACCUCACUCGGGAUUACACGUGUGUCCCGAGCUAGGAGUCGUAAGGAUCCGAAUGGCCCCGGGCCACCUCACGGAGCUGAAUUUGCUCAUCCUUCAGAGCUGGAGAGAAGCAAGCUCUAGGUUUCAAUCGGGAAGAGGUGGGCUUUCCUUUCUAAUCCGUCAGGAUUUGGGGUGUGGAGAAGACUGAAAGCCACCCCAGGAGGCUUGUUGGGGCAGUCAGCGAGGCCUUGUCAGCUUGAAACACGGAGUGGCAUUUUGGGGGGCCUGUUUGGUUUGAAACACGAUGCCUGACUGCCGUCUGGGGGAAUAUAAUCCAGUUAAGUAAAUUAGCCGAACUUCGCAAGGCGUAUUGACCACAAAUAAGCACUUAUCGCAGUUCUAGGUUCAAAGGAGCACCGUGAGAUGGGAAAAAGCCAAGUCACUUUUAAGAUUUCCACAGUGUCCAGACUUCAAAAAGCAAGCGAUUUUUUUUUUCCCUUGUGAGAAAUACAGUCCCCCUUGGCCGAUGCCAAGAGGAAAAGGUUCUGUUGUAUCCUCCCCCCGCCUCUGCACAAAGAGCACCGUGUCGAUGACUAGAAACUUUAAUCACCUAAUUACUCAAUAGUGGUUUUUAUGCUCCUCUUUUGCCCUCUGAGUUUAGCAACCUUUAAAUACUCUACCUCGAUAAAGUAAACCAGAGGACCCUUCUUCCCCAACUACGGAAGCCAUAAAAACCACCCACCGUUUGUGUCCAUUUCUCACAACUGCCACGCUUUUGCACUCCGGUCUAGACUCCUUACAGACUUUGCCGUUGAAUUAUUGGGACUCAGAGGAAAGGACUCGGAACGUCUUGAAAGAAAUCUCCACGUGGAGGCUCCGUUUCUCCCCGGCUCGAAGCCUGCGCUGAAGACAGACUGCCCGGUGGAUCUGCACGGCUUAUUCCCAGACGACGUUCUUACUCCUUGCUGGCGAGCCAGACUUCGUUAUCCCGGGAGGUGACCGAAUGGAUUCCUUCUAACUUGUACCUCUGUCACUGACUCCCUGAGAACCGCUGCGGCCCCUCGAAUUCAAGCAAAGUGCUCUGUUUCCUUUGGUCAGCAAAGCAAGCCUCCAUCCACAUUCUCUCUUGGACCUCCCCGCCCCUGCCACCAUCUCGCUACAGAUGCAGUCCCCUCUCGCCCUCCAGUGCCUUGAAGAAGCCAGCAUCCCGGCACACUCCCCUCCCGGUCCGAGACGUCCCCCGUUCUGUGUCCCGGAUGUUUGAAAUUCCCACCCCACCCUCCACAUUUGUCUCCUCCGAGGCGAGCGGGUUUCGGCCUUGGACCCUCCCACCCUCCGCCCGAUCUGGGACCCCUUCCGUGUGCCCUCUUCCUGUCUCGACUCUUGGCGACUUAUUUACUGUUUGUUGAGCGUGGCCUUGCCUCUCACAGGCUAAAUCUCUCUUGGCGGUGAAAAGAUUUCGGCCCCCCUUCUGGUUACUCAACUGUGCUUCCAGAGCCAGAAGCCGGGAAUCCCUUCCAGAGCUCUCACCGAGAAAAUGUCGCGCGUCCCUUGAGCAGUUUGGACUCCGUCCUGAUCUUGAUUCCUCCCCAUCGUUUCAGGAGAUCCUGUUGGCUUAUUUUGCUGCUGCUAUACACAGCUCUGCCCCCCGUCCCUUCCCCCCAUCUCCCGGGCCGUUUCUGUAAUCAAAUCAAAUUCAGCGUUAUCUUCUGGGGUGAUCGGGCUCUCUAAUUCCUCCCUACCCCUUUCUGCCGUUUUCACAACUGUUCCCUCAGCCCAGCUCUUCGGCUUCUGCCGCACUAAGUGAAAUGUACUCCCCCCCACUUCCUUUCCCUCUUCCUGUAUCUUCUCACCUUCCCCCCAAACAAAGACCAUCCACCGCUUCCGUUUCCAAGUUUCCUGGAUCACAGUUCUCCCUCUCGGCCCUCCUUUCCCAGCUUCCUGUGUGGUCCCGCUCUGAUCGGGCCCCUAGACCCCUUUUGCUACUGUCAGUUCUCCAAAAGGAGGGAAACAAGGGCCGGAGGUUCACGGCAGGUGGGGAAGAAGAGGAACAACGCUAGUUUGCUGGGUUGCUUUUGAACAGGGUAACGAAAACCGUCCAUUUGAACAGCUUCACCCUAGCAGUCAGAGCAUCCAUAUGCAGUCAUCCCCUCGGAGGGCUUGGUGGGAAGGCUCUGGAAGGCUGAAGUGUGGACCGUCUCAUUUGGAAUUGGGAUGCCGGCUUGCAGGAAGUGGUCCUUUUCCUCUCCGGGACUCCAAGGAAACACGGUUUCCCUGUAUCAAAGGUCCGGAACCGAUGGCCCCUUUUUGAUUUGGCUCCACUGGCUCAGAUGCAGUCUUUUGUCGGGAGGGCUGCUGGGCGGCUUUUCCUGCCGCUGGCCUGGAUAACCCAGGGAGGCGACGGAGGAGGGUUUUGGCCUGUGCAGCUAGACCGGUGGCUGGCUGCUUCUGGCUUUGAGCAGGUAGGAGAAGUCAGGCCCAGGCACCAUCUUACUACCUGCCCCCUGCUAUCCGGGUCCGGCCCUUUUCCCCUUGUGGUCUGGGGAGAGUUUGGUGGGCGAUGGUCAUCAGGUGGGGCUUGCUUGCCUGCCUUUCAGAGCUUCCCUAACUCCGGAAGGGGACCGCCACCCUAUGUGCUGCUGCUGCUGCCCUCUCUGCUCAGCUCUUCGAGCUGCCCCUUGGCCUGGACACACGGGGCCCCCGGGGAACUGAGCACCUCUGAAUGUAAAAUGGCUUGGAAUGCCCCCAAGACCUCCCCUUGGCAGCUAGUCCCAGGGCAGGAGGCUGAGAGGGGGCGGCCCACUUCGGGGACCCUAGAUCCCCCACGGUGGGGGGGUCUGAGGAUGGACGCUAAAGGUGGACAAUCGGGCCUAGAAGCUCCGGCUCCCCGGAACCUGGCUGCCACCCUAUCCUUGCAUUUCGGGGGGCGUGUGCGGGGUCCGGCAGAUUCUGGGGGUUAAUCGCGGGAAGUCGGGCAAAGUGCGGGUGCCGUCCGAAAUUAACGUCGGCCCUUCUUGCUCUCCCCUAUGUGUGGGUGUGUGUCUAAGUAUGUGUACAUAUGUGCGGGGGCCUGCGUGUGUAUGUGUACCUGCAUAGGUGUGUACACAUGUGCAGAUAAACGUGCGUGGGGGGUGGCCUGGGUAAUUGUGUUCAAGACUCUGCGAGGGCUGUGGCCCCCCUGCUUUAGCAGUACUUAGGUUUGUCCACAGAAGGGCGGUCGAGUUCUUUUCUGGCUCUUUUCCUCGCCUCUAAGGGUGAAAGAAAUCCUUUCUGGCUGAAUUUCCACCUUCUAACUGCCUGGGUAGGGCGAGGGCUAGCACAGAAAGGCUGGGCUUUGGGCCAGACCCCACCAGUAACCAGCAGGUCCGUCUCUAUCCCGGGGUCCCCCAGGAGACUGGAGUGAGGACCCCUUUUCCCUCCCCCACCACCCCACCAGCACCCAAACCCAUCCAUCCCACCCAAUCCCUUUUUUCCUCCCCCUUCUCCCUCCCCCUUCCCGUCUAAUCCCAGUGGAAACCAGUUGCCCCUCCCUUCCCGCCCAGGGGGCAUCCUUCUCUGGCACGUGGCAGUCUUCCAGGUUGGGAUUCCCGGAAGCCUCCUGCUCUGGCUCAUUUUAGCCUGGCUCCUGUACAGCCGGGACACGGCUCCGGGAUUAGCUCCGGGGGACGCAUCCAAGGGCAGCUGGAGGAGAGAUGGGAGACCCUCGCCCAGAACUCUCUGGUUCUGCCCAGCCCAGAGUCAUCCCCAGCGAGCAUUGGGGGGGACGUCGAUGAGGUCUGCGUGGACCCCCCCCGAGCCCCAGCCAUCAAGAGAAUUCAAACCAGCCGGGGUGGCGGGUAUCUAGGUGGGAUGUGUAUGGUUAUUUGUUCCUUUUCUUCCCCCACUCUCUCCGACACAGUACGGAAAUCACUUGCACUUUUCCUUAAGAUUUCGUAAGAAAAAAGAGAAAAAAAAAAAAGAUUGCAGUUUGCUUGCCAGGAUCACUUAGCGUUAGGUUUGCAGACCUCGCUGUCGAAUGUUAAGCUCGCCCAGAGGAGUUUGGCGGAAACGAAGACGGCGGUCCCAUUCUGCUGCGGGGGCUGUGCGCUCGGAGUUCCUCUCCCCCCGGCCCAAAGAGGGGCGUCGCGGGCUGAGGGUUGCGCCUCGGCCGGCAUCGGGGGGGGACGGGUCUCUUGGGGGUGACGGCGGGCAGAUCUGGCGCGGGGGUGGGCGCGGGUUCUGACCUCCCCACCCAGGGCUGGUCCUCCCCCCGGGGCUCUCGGGCUUUCGUGGGUGGUCGGUCGCCCCUGCACUUCCAAACUCGCCCCUCAUCGUGCGGAUUCGUUUUUGUUUUUCCCUUGUGUUGGCCAUACCAUAAUUAUGAUUUUUUUUCUUAGAAAUUGAGAAUGCACUUUUUAUUUCAACUCGAUCAUGAUUUUGAGCAUAAGACAAAAAUCACCAGAGAUUGUUAUGACUUUCUGUGUAUUUUUAACCACUCAAUGUAGCAUCAUCUGUUUUGUUCUUGUGACUCUCUGGUACAGGAGCGCCGCGCCCGCCGUGUCUCCGCGACACGCUGGGCCCUCGGAUUUGUACGGUAACCAACCUAAUGCUAAUGUUCAAAGUAAAGAAGUAGCCAUUA